CCCAAUUUCCAACUCGUCCACCCCACUAUCCGACAAGAUUAGCGACAAGACGGCCGACACGAUGGCGACCGCAGAACUCCAUAUGAUACCUACCGAGAUGGAAGUGCCAGAGAAGUCAUUAGAGACGCCAAAUGAAGCCUCCAAGAAAUCUCCAGAGAUCUAUUCCGCGCCAACGAAACCGAUACAUACCCUGAUUCUCGAUACGGGACCGCUGAUCAAGAACGACCCUCCCGUCAGUUCGCUUAUCGCGCAAGCGCACGAGCUUUACACCCUCCCUUCAGUCAUCUCCGAGAUCAAAGAUGCAGCUACACGAGCGAGAGUCCAGACACAGUUGCUUCCUUUUAUCAAGUUGCGCAGCCCUAAACCAGAAUCCAGACAAUUCGUUACCGGAUUCGCGCGUCGAACAGGUGAUCUCGAAGUCCUCAGUCGACCCGAUUUGGAUCUUAUUGCUCUAGCCUACGAGCUGGAGAUAGAAAGGAAUGGAGGCGAUUGGCGUUUACGAAAAGAACCGGGGCAGAAGACAGUGAACGGAAAGUCUCCCGCGAAAGCGAAGGAGGAGCUUGAACGGCAAGAACAGCAGGCCACACCAGAAACUGGUGCCGAGACCGAACAUCCAGUGGCGAGCAACACUGCCCAAGUCCCGGAAAUCCCAGAAAUCCCACAGGACGUACAAUCCGCAUCAAAAUCCGCUGCUGAGGGCGAACGGCCGGUCGAGAACAAGAUUGUCGAUUCGCUAGAACCGCUACAGGAGGCAUCACCAACAACAGGUGAGGCGAUUUCCGCAGACGUGUCGAACAUUGAAAUCGAAGCUCCCAAGCCUGACGAAGUCGCGCCUGAAGCACAAGAGCAAGAGCAACAGCCGGUUAUUGACCAGGAGGCGGUUUCUCACCAAUUAGAGUCUCUGUCAUUUGAGCCUUCGUCGACUAAAGUUCCGCAAUCCGAGGGCGCUUCCGGGUUCGCGGGAAAUCCUGCGGAAGAGGAUGAUGACGAUGAAGCUGGAUGGAUAACACCCUCAAAUGUGAAGACACACCUGGCCAAAGAUCAGAAUGGCUCCCCGGAAGAACCCAUUCAGAAGCUCCUCCAAGUCGCUCUUCUCACGUCUGAUUACGCCAUGCAGAAUGUCCUUCUCAGAAUGAAUCUAAACCUGGUUUCUCCCAGACUAGCACGCAUCACCCGUGUCAAGACUUGGAUUCUUCGUUGCCAUGGUUGUUUCCAAAUCACGCGGGAUAUGUCAAAGACGUUCUGCCCCAAAUGUGGCCAGCCAACAUUGACGCGCGUGAGCUGUUCCACGGACCAAAGCGGCAACUUCCAGAUCCACCUGAAGAAGAACUUCCAAUGGAACACCAGGGGCAACGUGUACAGCGUACCGAAACCCACACACGGGACCGCGAACGGUAAGUACAGAGGACAGGGAGGUGGCAGGAACGGAUGGGGCCAGGAACUCAUUCUGGCGGAAGACCAAAAGGAGUACACUAGGAGGGCGGUCGAGGACCGGCGGAUAAAACAAAAGGAUUUGAUGGAUGAGGAUUAUCUCCCUAGUAUCUUGACCGGAAACCGCCAGGGUGGUCAUGGCAAGAUACGAGUCGGCGCUGGGAGAAAUAUCAACUCCAAAAAGAGGCACGCAUAGAUUCACGAUCAACUGGGAAUACAUAGAUGAUACCACAACACUUGUGAA